AUGGUUGCUGUUGAAGGUUUGUCUUCUGAUAUAUCAGAUGAAGAACAAAAAGACCAUAAAGAAUUUAAAUAUAAAGAAAAGAAAAUUUCAUUCUUAAAAGAGCUAAAAGUUAUAACUCGAAGCCAAAAAGGAAAACUGCAACAAAAGCUUUAUUAUAGUAUGUCAGAAUUUCUAGAAUGUGUCAAGAAAAAUAUGGUGACAUUUGCAAAUUCUACCUUGGAUAUCUGA